UUCAGACGUUAGUUUGUGUUUUGAAUUUCAACCCUCAGCAUCGUGGAGCGGAAGGCAUCCGGCUGAAAAAAAGAAGCAAGAAAUAUGCUUGAUGUGUACUUUGUAGCUGAUUUAAUUUAAACACUCGUUACUAAUUGCCUUCAAUUGGUAAAUUUGAAGCUUUGUCACUGCUUGAGUGGGUGGUCAAUUACAUUUCUUGUUAUAUAAAAUUUUUUAAAAGAACCAAGUAUGGAUCAAGCGGAUAAUUUACAAAUACGUCGAUCUAUAUCGAUGCCAGUUAAACCGCGACCUAUUGAACCUAAAUCUCUUAAACGUUCUGAGGAGAAGGAGAAAAUUAACGAUUCGGGCGACUAUUAUCCAGAGAGUCCAAUUGUGGAGCGUCGCAGAAAAAAUGAAUUAGGUAGUCACCUAAGCAGGAGUGCAAAUAAUGUGCCUUGUACAAGCGAUUGGGUUGGCAGCACAAUUGAACUGAAUCUAGAUUCUCGCUACAGUGAUCCUUUGUGUGCUCGGCGUCGACAUCAUCGGGUCAUCGAAAAAAGUGGCCAUGAAAAUGUUAAUUUCAGACGAAUACCGCAGAAGUCAUGGCGUUAUUUUAGAGAUUUGGUAACCACAAUGAUCGAAUUAGAUUGGAAAUAUAUGUUGACGAUUUUUAUUGGAACCUACUUUGCCACAUGGUUUUUCUUCGCUUUAUUGAAUUACAUGGUUGCCUAUUCGCAUGGCGAUCUAAUGUUUGACGAAGUGACCGGCGAGCGAUUGGGCGAGGGCAAGGAACCAUGCAUUAAAGGCGUCUACAAUUUCGUCUCGAUGAUCAUCUAUUCCGUGGAAACCCAGACAACAAUUGGCUUCGGUGAGAAAUAUGCUAGCGAUGAAUGCCCAGAGGCUAUUUUCCUAUUUGUUAUGCAAAUGAUUUUUGCUAUUGGCAUCGAAGGAAUGCUGGUCAGUAUGGUAUAUGCGAAGACCGCAAGACCAGCAAAACAAAUCACGAAAUUGAAGUUUAGCGACAAAGCGGUGAUUUGCUUUCGCGAUGGGAAGCUUUGCCUGCUAUUUCGAGUUUGCGAUCCACGCAAGCAGCAAACGAUUGAGUCGAAAAUACGCGUCUAUCUCAUAACGGACAAAUGCACCCGCGAAGGAGAGUUCGUUCAAACGCGCACUGAGCUAAAAUUGGAUGGCGACGGUGAGCAAAUUAUUACUUGGCCCGAAAUUGUGUGUCAUGCCAUUGACGAGACAAGUCCAUUGAAUUAUUUGAGGUCGGCAAAAGAUUUAAAUGAAGCACAGUUUGAAUUGUACGUGUCCAUUGUGGGAACCUCGGCUGCUACUGCAAUGGUAACCGAAGCACGCACUUCGUAUGUGCCGUGCGAAGAUAUCUUCUGGGGUCAACGCUUUGUCAACAUUAUCAGUUAUGAUGGCCGUAAUGAGCAUUACGUUGUAGACUACAGGAAUUUCAAUACAACGAUAUCGGUUGACAUGAAAUCAAGCGAUGAAUGUGGUUUGGAAAAAGUUGAAUAAAUCUGUAAUUCAUACAGAAAAUAUGUAUUUGAAAAUAUUUUUGCAAGGUCACCA